AUGGAGGCCAUUGCCAGUGGAGCGGUUGCAGCGGUGGACUUGGACGGUGAGGGGGAUGGCGAUGAUGGCGAUGUGUCCAGACCAGGUGAGGGACAAAGUCCCGAAAAUGAAGAGGGAGUCACCUCGAUCUGUGAUGAGCUUUGCGCACUCGAUCUGCUUCUAUGGCCACCAGUGAGUGCAUUUAGUUUUGAUGCAGAAGUGUUUCUGAGCCUAGGAGAGUCUUUGCAGGUUGAGGUUCACAUGCCGCCCUUAGAUGUUCCAUCUGCAUCUAUGCUGUUUGAGAAGCUGCAGUGCUGCCUACAAGCAGUGGCACCCGUGGGUGAGUUUCUACCAACAGCUCCUGCUUUGGUGCCGGUGCUGUCCUCUGAUUCCUCCGAAGCUGCUGCAUUGGCUGGCUCGACCACCGUGACGCUUUAUUUAGAUCAGUCCACGGACGGGUUCCAGGUGAAGCUGGCCGGUGAAGCUCCAGGGACCGUUCAAUUGGUGGGUGGAUCGAUUUGGGCCUUGUCGCAGGCCAUCGAGAAGCUACGGCAGCUGCUGUUGCUCCACCGCCGUCCCAGCUUGGAUUCCGCGCGGCUCCCAGCCCUCUGCCUCCACGGGAAGACCAACCCCACGCCGUCAGCAGAGUCUGCGGUGUUGAUGGACCUGUGGGAUUUGAGCUCAGAAGAGCAGUUGCAGGCGCUUCAACAGAUGGCUCGCUGGCAAAUCCGGCAAUUCUGGGUGCCUGUGCCGCACGCGAACUUCAGCUACCGCUGGUUGCAGGAUGUCUUCGAAGCACGGAGAAUUUGCAGCCACAUCGGAGCCGAGUUGGUGCCCGUCAUCGACGAGAAGUCAGACACAGUGGCACUCGCCCAGUUUCAAGGCGCGAACAAUGUAGGCUGGCGCCUUCAGCCCAAUUCCAGCGCUGAGUGCCAUGAGGUAUGGCCCACCUUAAGAAGUGCCGGUCACACCAAUGUGCGGCUCACGGUAAUGGUGGCCUUGGACAAGCGCAAGGCUUUGCAACAAGUGAAUCAGCUGUGCAAAGACCUCGCACGGCAGUCCUCCAGGAUCGGGCUCUUGUUGGAGUGCGAGUUGCAUGACCUGAAGCUUUUUCCAAUGGAUCAAGCUCUGAAGAUUGGCUUCGCUCAUGGAACCGCCCUCGGUGUCCUCUUCCGUGAACGACGAGGUGGUCAACUUGGUCGUCUUCCGCCUCACGUGUGGCACCCGCCAACCGCCACGGCGUCGCAGUGGGCAGCGACGUUGUGGGAGAAGACCCGCUCCAUCUCGGAGGUCUUCCCAAGCUUUUCCAAAUGCCUCGUCUUGGAAGUCCCUGUGUUCGGAGCUCCUUGGGCAGGUCGUGGCACUGCUUGGCGACCAUCCUGGUGCUUACUCAGCAGCUUUCUGGCAGCAGGCAUGCAUUGCAGUUCUGAGGUUGAAGCCACGAGGCUACCACAGCUACUCCAAGGGCAAUUCUUUGGAGAUUCUUCAGGCUCCCUGGCUUGGGAGCUUUGGAAUGCUUCUGCAUCCCUUGAUGAAGACUUCUUGACGAGUUUGUUCUCACUCCUCGCUGGCGAGAUGCCCCGCUUGGAUGACGAAGGCAUCAGCAGCGCCAAUGCAUGGUAUGCUCAUCUGACCGAGCGCCGUCUCCGGCUACGACGCUUCCGGUCGGAGGGAGAAGCUCCGCUUCCAGCUCGUGUGCCUGGUCGGGCGGAGUCGUUUGAGGGAAGUCGCACUCCGUGUUUAUCGGCUGGCAUGCUCGCUUCAUCGUUGGUCGGCAUCGAGUGGCUACGGUUUGCCUGUCGUGUUUAUCUUCUACUUGCAAAGCACUCACGGCGGUCAUCUCCAGACUUGCACAGUUCACUGCAAGCCUUGCCACCCGCCAAGCAGAGUGAUGUGCGCAAUGGUUUCUUGGCUUUGCUCCAUCGGACGAUCCAUGGAGUCGUAGAUCUACCAGAGAAUGGCUGGUGGGAGGAAAGUGAAGCUAUGGAGGCUGAGGCGUCCCAGGCAGAGGCACUCUGGGCUGGAGGAUUGCGCUUGGGUGCUGCUUUGGAUCUUCAUCCCUGGCAGGAAUUGGAAAAGAAACGGACCGGAAAGGCCCGUAUGGACCUUCACGCAGGUGUUUCUUCUAACCCAGUGAGCACAAUUGAUGCAUAUGAUAGCGUGUGUAUUUUUACUGACAUACAUAGAUUGACUACUUCUGGCGGCCGCUCAGAUUCUGUGCAAAGUCCAACAGUUCCGUGA